AUGGCCGAACCCGACAACUUCGAAGAGGAUCUCUUCGCCGAUCUGUACACGGAAGAGGAGACUGUGCCAAAGCCAGUAGUGCCUGAGGUUGAACUCAAGAGCGAACCAGCCAAAGAGGUCGCCAAAAUCGAUGAGGCACCUGAAAAUACGGAACCUAACGGCGCAGGGGGUGAAGAGAAGUAUAAUGGAGACCAGGAUAUGGAUGAUGAAAUUGAUUUCAAUUUGGGCGGGAAUGGAAAUAGUUAUGAUGCUCCGGUCAGCCAUGAAGCACAUGGGCCUGGCAUCAAGGAAGACGGGUAA